AUGGCAGACGGACCGGAAGCGCAUUCGGACUUGUCCUCUACCGAUACAUCCUCGUAUCAAGGCUCCAUCGAUGAAGUUGACCAAGAACAUCGCAUGCAGGGGGGGAAUGCCGCUGAAGAAGAAAUCAAACCCAUCAGUCAUGUCGGCAAAGAGCCCGACCACGCCUCGUGGCAUGGCGAGGAUGCCUCUCCAGAAUCUGCCCACCAGACCGAUAUCUUCGAAGACGUCAAGGGCGUCGAUGAAGCCAAGAAGCAAUGGGAGGACGUGCUAGAGUACAUGCAGGGUGAGAAACCGCCAGAAUAUGAUGCCCAGGGGCUUGUCACGCUUUGGGAUGGUCGACAAGACAGCAUCUCAGGGCCUCAAACUUUAGUCGCAGACUUGUUCGACGUUGUUGUCAUCCACGGAUUUUGGGGCGCUCGAAGGCCUCCCUGGAAAAACCCUGGGUCCGGAAACUCCUCCUGGGUACAUGACCAGGGCUCUGACCAAUGUCGAAAGGUCAUGUCUUUUGGAUAUGACCCCAUGAGUAUGUUGAGUGAUACUGGCGCGCAUGAAGUGAUUAAAAAUGUCGCAAUGAAGCUUUUGGACGACAUCAAAGAAAUGAAGGAAUCAUCGUCGCAGAUGCGGCGCCUGAUGUUCAUAGCUCAUGAUAUUGGGGGAAUUAUAGUCAAACAUGCACUCGCGCACGCUCAACUCAAUCCGCGUGCAUAUGGGGUUAUAUCCGAUACUGCGCGUCUUCUGAUUUUCUACGGCUGCCCCCACAGGGCGUCGGAUGCCAUGGACAUGGAACAAAGACUUUCCAGGUUCAUGUAUCGCCGGACAGAACUAAAAAGCCCAGUAUUGCGUACGCCAACAAGCGCAACCAAAAGUCUCGCCAAAGCCAUCAUGGCAAUCAAUGAUUCGUAUUUUCUCUCCAAGCAAAUGUUUCGGUCCUACACAAUCAGUAUCUUCUCGGAAGCUGGCAGCGGUGACAUUGACGAGGUUUUUGACAAGUUCUGUGGCACCUUGGGAUCCCCUUUUGAGUUCCGCGUCGCCGGUGGCCUGAACUUAGAUGAUGACUGCGGUCGAAUUAGAAAAUGUACCGACCAUACAAUUCCUUUUGUCGCCGUUGACGAAAAUCGCUUUCGCGAUGAACGGCUCUUGCUCUCUCUUGCUUCGCCAGUGCUUCCCCUUAGGACAAGCGAUGGUUUGGAUCAUCCAUAUGCAUGGAUCAGUGACAACAAAAAGUAUCAAUCAUGGCGAAAUCAGCAGAAGCCAGAGCUGCUGUAUCUCAACGGCGGUCCAGACGCACGACUGGCAUCGGAGUACGUGUUCUACGAUCUUGACAAGCUUAACCCUCCACGGAGUCGACAGAUUGCCCUCUACUUCUCCUUUGACCGGUAUGACGUCCGGAAAGAUGACGCAUUAGACAUGAUGGCCACAUUCCUUGCUCAGAUAAUGGGACAUUCGCCAUUGCGGUCCAUGAACGCUUUAAACAUAGAACUUGAGCAAUGCCGGACUAGUCGUGGCUGGCACUACACGGACGCAUUUCGAUUGUUCCAGUUUUGUCGGCAUUGGAGUCAAGUCCCAAACAUUUCAUGCGUUCUCGCCAAUUUUGACGAGUGCGAACCCGUGUCAAGAAAGGCCUUCCUGGAUUUCUUCCUCUAUGUUUCACAGACUCGAGAGUGGCAUUGGAAAGUUGUCGUUACCAAUACCCAGCCAGAAGCUCUGGCCCAGGAGCUUAGCGACUUGCCUUCCGUCUACCUUGACGCAUCAGCUCGAGAAGCAGCGAACGAGAAGCGGGUGGACCAGGACUUGCAAGCCAUCGCAGGUUUGGAUUCAGACGUCCGUGAUCUUGUCAUCAAACAGAUCAGCUUUAAUAAACAAUGGCCACCGCAGCGAUCUGUCCGGGACAUAAUAGGCAGCACAGAUAGAGCCAGUCUUGAAUCCGUCGUCGAAAAGAUUCUGGAUGAUGUUCCAGAUCGCGAGCUCACUUUACGAGCGCUAACCUGGAUUCUCCACGCCACACGGCCACUUACACACUUGGAGCUUGCAACCGCUGUCACUCUUGGAUCAGGCGUCUCGGGUGCUGAUGUCUCGCAAUCUUCCGGCAAGGAGGCUGAUGAAACCCUCGAGAAGUUGCAAGCUUGGUUGAUAGGUAUUCUCGUCUUUGAGAACAACACAGCGACCCUGUCCACGCAUCGUAUUCGAGAAUUGCUCAUGGCAAAGUCAAAAAAUCAGUCAGAGGGACCGCAUCUCUGGGAUUCCUUGGAAAGAAACCCACAUGCCGUUAUUGGCAGAACUUGUUUGGCUUACUUGGCCACUCCCGCCGUGCAACAGAGUCUUGAGAGGCUUUAUGGUGGCUCACUCAAUGAGGAGACCCUCCAAGCUAGAAGAUAUCACCACACUGGUCUGCAAGAGUAUGCUGUUCAAUUUUGGAUACAUCAUGUUUCUCAUGCGUCGCAUGGAUAUGAUCCGAAGGAAGAUGUGGCUGCAUUUAUCACAUCUGGUGCUGUGACCAACUGGUCCAAAGGAUAUUGGUCGCUUGCAAACCCCAUCACGAGGAGUCCACAGCCAUUCGAAACCCUCUAUCCUAUCCUAGCAGGUCGAGGUCUGGUUGGUUUGGCUGAGAAGUGUCGCGUGGGUGACAAGGAAAUCUCGGAUGGACUGGGCGAGGCAUAUGCCAAUGGCUGCUCGCAGAACAUGGCAAAACUGCUAUGUCAAAGGCAACAUUCAACCGACACUCUCAACAACGCACUUACUUGUGCUGGCGCAUGGGGUGAUGGAACGGCCUGGACGGAAUUGAUCGAUCACAUACGCAAAGAAUACCCAGGCUUUCCGUGGAAAGAUCAAGGAGCACAAGUGGUGCGUGCAAGUGGGCUCGGACUCAGUGACGUCCUUGAACAACUUCUAGAACUGGGAUGCCCUGCCGACGAAAAAGACAGGACCAGUGAAGAGCCGUACCCUCUGAUGCCGCUGUUUGAAGCUAUUAUCAGUAACAAAUUGGCAGCCGCCACUUUGUUACUAGACCACGGCGCGAGCCCGAAUCGUGAGGCCGGUGGGGUUACGGCACUCCAUCUGGCGGCAUAUUACGGACACCAGGACAUGGUGACGCUUCUAAAACACCACGGCGUUGAUCUGAAUGUCCAAAACACGAACUUCUGCGUACCAGUAUAUGUUGCCUGUCUCUGGGGUAAUACAAAAGCGCUGGAAGCCUUGUUGGGCUUGGGAGCAAACCCAAACUUGAAGGCUUCAGGAAAUCAGGACGAACCUGGAUGGUCCCCCCUCACCUGCGCAGUCCAGGAACAGAACGUGGGCUGCGUGCGUGCUUUGCUCGGGGCCAACGCAGACCCAGAUAUCUUUGGGCCCUCAGGCACCCCUCUCUGGUAUGCCGUCGCAAAUGGGUCGUUCGAAAUAUGCCAACUCCUGCUGGAGCAUGGGGCGAGUCCGAAUUCCUUGUUGAACCCAUUACCCAUUCUAGUUCAUGCAAUGAACAGUCCUGAUUCCGAAUCGAGCUUUGACAUUGUUAAACUGCUCCUGGAGAAAGGAGCAGAAAUAAACGCGGCCACUCGAGAAGGAACAACUGCGUUAGCACGUUCAUGCUGGUCACAUCGUCAACACAAGCACUCUAUUGUCAGGUAUCUCCUGCAGCACGGAGCUGAUGUGAAUCUACCUGGACGGGACGGUUGUCUUCCUAUACACAUCUCGGUACAAGAGUGUGAUGUGGAGAUGCUACGGGUGCUGCUGGACCAAAAGAACGUUGAAGUGAACGCCGAGACGGCCAAUGGCUGUACUCCACUGAUCUAUGCUGCUCGUUGCAGUGACCACAACGAGGAGCUGGUGAGAAUCCUGUUGGAGAAUGGAGCUGACCCAAACAAAUACCGCGAACGUAAGAAUUCGGCGCUGGUUGCAGCGGUGGUAGGCAAUCACACAGAAGUCGUCAACCUGCUGCUUCAGCACAAAGCUCAAAUCGAUCCACCGGACGAGUUGAUAGACGGGUGGGAGCCGCUGGAACGUGCGAUUGUCAACGGCCAUGCAAAUAUCGUCAGAAUUCUGGCCGAUGCUGGUGCAAAUGUCAAUCGUCGAUUCAGUACUGGAUUCACUCUUGUACACCAAGGGGUCAACAGUAACGCUCUGGGAGCCCUCCUUGAAUUUAGACCCACACUGGAUUUGAGAACCGACGACGGCAGAACGCCACUUCACUAUAUCGAAGAGUCGAUGCCGCUUGAAAACAUCAAGCUGCUGGUCCGCGCAGGGUCCGAAGUUAACGUCAAGGAUCGCUUUGAUUCGACACCCCUGGUCGAGGCACUCAUGUACGGACACGCAGAGGCAGCCAAGUAUCUCCUGUCAAAGAAUGCCGACACGACGAUCAUAUCCCCUUUCUUCGGCGGUCCGCUGCACGCUGCCUGCAGUUCAGGUCUGGUGGAGAUUGUUGAAUAUUUGAUAGACAGGGGAGCAGAUGUGAAUCUGUCGGUACAAGGCAGCGGUGGUACACCACUUUCAUCGGUAUUCAUGUUUCCUGCGUCUGGGGACGAUUCUGGGGAGGGUGAUGAUUGUAAGACAAAGUUGAUUCACAUCCUUCUUGGAGCUGGCGCCAAUGUCGAGGCGUCAAACAGCUUGUUCGGAAGCAUCUCAGGGGCCGCGGCUUGGGGAGGCGAGGUAGCUCACCUACGAAUCCUAGCCGCGAGAGGUUCAAAUUUUGCUGGCAGUGAUAUUUCUGGUAGGACACCACUUCACAUUGCUGCUGCGCGUGGCAGAAAAGAAAUGGCCUCCUUCAUCAUGGACAGUGGUGGAAAGGCUACCAGUAAGGACAAGAUCGGACGGAGCGUCUUAAGCUGGGCUGCACAGGGUGGCAACACAGCACUCCUGGACAAUCUACCGGAAACCACUGGAAAUGAUGCUAUCGAUGAUGCCGAUUUGGAUGGAUGGACGCCACUAUGCUGGGCAGCAAGGGCGAUUGCCGAUGAGGGCGCCCAGCCAGGCCAUCUCAAAAUGAUCAAGGAAUUACUCCAUCGGGGCGCAGAUCGGUCCGUAAGGUCUCGCCUUCCCGGGAAAGAGUACACACCUGCAGACAUCGCCUGGUAUCACGGAUGUGAUCAAGAAGUCCUGGAGCUCCUCGCUCCUAGUUCAGAAGACCGACCACGAAGCGGUGGUCAAGAAUCGACAGGUCCGAACGAACUCGGUGAUAUGCCUGAUUUGGCCAUCAACAACUUGAAACGCUCACGCUCAACCACAAUACUCUGCAGCUUCUGCCAUCUUCUUUGCCGUGGGCUGGAGUACAACUGCAAGACAUGCCCGGACUACGACCUCUGCUACAAGUGCUUCAACUCGAAGGACAAGAUACACCCGGCGGACCAUGAGUUUGGAGUGACUGGUCCGGAAUUUGAACUUGCAAGCGUACAUUCUGACUCUCGGUCUCCAUCGCCUGCGCCUUCGUCAAGCCUGAUGCGAGGUGUGGCACGUAACCUGGUUGCUGCCGCACCGGCGGUCGACAUGCGGAGAGGCGACGUCGUCAACAAUGUCGGGUGUGGCUGGGAUGCCGUUGUCGAGCACACCCCAGAUGGUAAGGUUGCCAGCUGGGAUGCUCUCACUGCUGAGCAGGACAAGCGCUUGUUCCGGUUCCUGCUCUUCUUGUGA